CCCGGCCUCGGCGCUCGAACAGAAACUGCUCUUCCAUUGAUCGGGCCCCGUUGGGCGAGCGGCCGGUGCGUGUGCCCCGCGCGAGCGCGUGCGGAAGGCAGAAGGGCAGGAAGUCGGACUUCUGCAGCGAGGGUGGCCGCACCGCGCAGGGGACGAGCCUUCCUCAUUGAUGUGUCUGCCGGCCUUCGCCUUCUUCGCCCCAAGACUUCAGGAGCGUCUCGGAGCUGCGUUCCCCGCGUGUGAGGCACGGAAGGCCUGGAUGUCUGAACAACAUGAUUGUCCAUUAGCCUCCAAACUUUCCUUUUUUUAACCCAAAGAAUAUCGGUGAUUUUUGUCCACUGCUAGCAGAAGAGAGAACCCAGGGCUCUUGAAAUGCAGCAAAAUCCUUAUUUAUAAACGGGCCCGAGAGAGUGAUAGGCAAAGGCCCUGUACUCAGUGAAUUUUCUAUCCUAUGGAUAUCGGUCUUGAGAUUUGAGGUUGGAGUACCGUCUGCACUGGGUCGGGCCGCCUCCAUCCUUUCAAUGCCCAGUUUCCUCUGGGACUGCUGGCCCUCCCUGGAGAUCCGCGCGGUACUGUGUGCCAUGGGCUGUAUUCAGAGCAUCGGGGGCAAAGCCAGAGUCUUCCGGGAAGGUAUCACCGUGAUUGAUGUGAAAGCCUCGAUCGACCCCAUCCCCACCAGCAUCGACGAGUCCUCCAGCGUGGUGCUCCGCUACCGGACACCCCACUUCCGUGCCUCAGCCCAGGUGGUCAUGCCGCCCAUCCCCAAGAAAGAGACCUGGAUCGUGGGCUGGAUUCAGGCGUGCAGCCACAUGGAGUUCUACAACCAGUACGGGGAGCAGGGCAUGUCCAGCUGGGAGCUCCCGGACCUCCAGGAGGGCAAGAUCGAGGCCAUCAGUGACUCAGACGGGGUGAACUACCCCUGGUACGGCAACACCACGGAGACGUGCACCAUUGUGGGCCCCACCAAGAGAGACUCCAAGUUCAUCAUCAGCAUGAACGACAACUUCUAUCCCAGCGUCACGUGGGCCGUGCCUGUCAGUGAGAGCAACGUGGCCAAGCUGACCAACAUCUACCGGGACCAGAGCUUCACCACGUGGCUGGUGGCCACCAACACCUCGACCAAUGACAUGAUCAUCUUACAGACGCUGCACUGGCGCAUGCAGCUGAGCAUCGAGGUGAACCCCAACCGGCCCCUGGGCCAGCGCGCCAGGCUGCGGGAGCCCAUCGCCCAGGACCAGCCCAAAAUCCUGAGCAAGAACGAGCCGAUACCGCCCAGCGCCCUGGUCAAGCCCAAUGCCAACGACGCUCAGGUCCUCAUGUGGCGGCCCAAGUACGGGCAGCCGCUGGUGGUGAUCCCGCCCAAGCACCGGUAACAGCCAGGGCGCCCCGCGAGGCCAGACGCAAAUAAUAACCCCGCUCCAAGCACACCCACGGACUCUGCAGUCAUUCAGCAAAAUGCAACCACUCGACCUUCUCGAGCGGCGGAUCUCACUGUGCACAUGCCCCAGGAUGGCUCCCCCAGCCCUCCUGGCACCUGCUUCCUCCCGGGGAGGGGGAGGCCCGGCUGGGACACCCAACCCCACGUCCCCCCUUCACCUUGGGUCUCCUUUCCUGGCAGUUUCAAUCAUCCACUUGCGAGACUCCCAAAACAACUGCUUUUUCAGUUCUUCUUUUUUUUUUUUAAAAACCUCUUUUAUGAGGUUCGGGGCAGGAGACGGCGGAGCUGGUCACGACCCCGACUGGCAGCUACUGCGGGUCUAUGAGUGGCGGCCGCUAUGGCAGCUGCCCACGUCGUCCUCCCUCACGCGGCCUUACGUAGACUUGCUUUGCCAAACUUUUGCCUUAAGCUGAAUUUAAAGGAAAAAGCCCAAAACAGACAAAGAAAGCAGGAUCUCUCUUCCACUGACGGCUCAUCUUCUGCUAGAGGUGGGGGGGGGCAGGGCAGGGAGGAGAGAGCCGCCUGGGCCCUCGUCCAGGCUGUCUUGAGAGGGGCGGGGGACAGACUUAGACCUCAAACCAGCUGCCCAUUCUUUCCUUUCAGCAGAAACGCAACCAGAAACCAGAACGACCACCUAAGGAGCCCCUUCUCUCAGGCUUGGGUGGCAAGCCCUGUCCCCACCCCUGGGAGAAGGUCCCUGCGUGCCCCCCAUGGGCGGGGUCUGCUGGGGCCACUCUCUCUUCUCUUCCGGCAGCCUUAACUUGCCUAGGGCGGAUCUGGGCGGAGAGAGGGAGGGUUGAACCCUGGGCUCUGCCAUCUCUGUGCCCAGCCUCCCCCCCGAUAGCGCCGCAGGCACAUCUAAGUGUUGUGCUGCUUUUCCUUUUCUGUCCCCGCUGGCCCCAGACGCCUGGAGGACCAGCCACCUUGAGCCAGACUUAGUUUGAAGAUAAGCAAGGCGGGCAGCUUCCCUCUUGGCUCCUUCUCAGGGGUGCCCCUCCCAGACGCUUUGGGAGAAGCUGCAGGUGGGCUCUGGGUGCCAGUGUUGGACUGGAGGUGGGGGGAAGCUGCCCAGGGGCGGCACCCAAGGAUAGGUGGUCCUGGUUCUGGGGAGGCCGGGGAGGCCAUCAGGCAGUUGCCCCCUGCUGCUUAUCCUCAAGGAAGAAAACCAGGGCCUCAGGCUGGCGGGGGUGACAUGGGGCCAUGGUUGACAGGCAUUGGGGCCGCUCUGGAGGCUGGUCGGGACAGUGAGGUCAGUCUGGAGGGCCACCAUCCCUCGGGUCCAGGGCCCUCCAGGGUCUGAGGAUGGUCCUGAGCGACCCCACGCUUUCUUGGUAAUGUCUGCCUUGGAGGCUGCUUGUAGGAGCUGCGGGGGGCCCCUCCCCCCACGGAAGCCCCCUUCAAGCUCGCCAACCCCCACAGCUACUGCACCCGGCUCUGCACUCAAACUAGUACGACCCAAGCACAGAACACCGUCAGAAAAGAAAAAUAAUUCAUUUUUGCUGCAGAUGAGCCACUUGUUAGGAGUCCCGGGGACCGCGUGGGAGGCUGCGGGCACCUUGCUCUUGUACUUACUCCGGGGGUGCUCAGUGUCCUGUGUGUCUCCCACGCGCCGCUUCUGACAGCAGGCCCACAGCUAUCCUGGAACAGCUGGACCCGAAACAGGCAUGUGGCGCCAGCGUGCUGCUUGGGGAACCCCUUUGUUAGGCCCAAGACCUUGCCCCUGGAAACUGCCUGUUCCCCUUGGUGUGUACGGAGACCCUGUCACCCCGAGAGGCCACAGCCUCGAGUGAGGGGACGACGGGUCCCAGCUCUACCUCUGGGGAAGGGCCAGGAGGGGGCCAGGCUGACGGCGUCCUGCUGCCGUGGACAGGACCUGGCCUCCUAAGGGAGCGGCCCUUCCCUGCACUCAGGUCUUUCUUGCACUAAAAAAGAGGAGGAAGGGCCCUGGGCGAGGGUCAGGAGGCUGGGGAUCGGGUGCUGGGCUGGGUCGUCACUAAGGGAUUCUCACUGUGCGAGGAGAGGCAGCAGGAGAGGACAGUAAGGAGUGGUCCUGAGCUGUCGGGGGCGCAGUCCCCCCUGCCCCCGAGACCUACCUGCUGCGUGUGAGCAAGCUCUCCUGCCCGGGACCAGGGCCGUGCCCACGGGGAGGGGGCAAAGCUGCUCUGGCUGCCUCCCUGGGCCUACCGCAUGCCUGGGCCCCCGCCCGCCUUGCUCCUUGAUUCACCCCACCCCUCGUGCACCCCUCUCUGUCCUUCCUGGCCUUUCUGAAGACGGGGCUGGAAAGACCCCGGAGAGGCCAAAGGUCCGGCCAAGGACCUUGGGUCUGGUCCCUGGGCCUCCUCCCUGUCAGGAGCACAGAACCCAGGCUUUUCCUCUGGGUCCCCAGUCCCUCUGGUGUCCCCCUCCCCUGGCGUGGACACACUCCUCCAGCAAUAAGGACCGUCUGCGGCCGUGGAGAGUACUGUGAAAACAAACCAAUGCACUUAUCAGGAGCCAUGAGACUCUUGAAGAACAUGUAAAACCUUUUUAAAAAAGAAACAACAAAUAUUCACAAAGAGAAAUAAAAUGUAAUUUUAAAGUA